UUUUGGAAGCAAAUGCUAUUUCUAUAUAUUCUUCUAAAGAUGACAUUCUCCCAUAUAUUGAUUCCACUUCCUACACAACGCUUCUCUCCAUUUUUAUUUUAUUUUAUUUUUUUGACACAUCCAUCAAAAUAAUGGUUAAACAUCAUGUGUUUCAUAAGGCCAUGUACUUUCUUUUCAUAUACUCCAUUCAAUUGCAUUCCCAACUCCUUUGUUUUUUAUACUCAGAUGCAAGUUACCUUUCCUUUGCAAAUGAAGCCACAAGUUUUAUCCCAGAACCCGAAUACGAUUACAUUAUCGUUGGAGGGGGGACGGCUGGGUGUCCUUUAGCUGCCACAUUAUCCGAAAGUUAUUCUGUUCUACUUCUUGAGCGUGGGGGUGUAUCAGAUUCUGAUCCUAAUGUAUUAUACGCAAUCAACUCUGUAACAAACAUUAUUAAUGCAAAUGAAAAAAGUUCACCGGCUCAAGCGUUUACUUCUGAAGAUGGUAUACAAAACGCGAGAGGAAAUGUCUUGGGAGGUAGCAGCAUGAUAAAUUUUGGGUUUUAUUCGAGAGCAGAUGAGUACUUUCAUAAUAAAACAGAAAUUGAAUGGGAUAUGACCAAAGUUGAAGAAGCCUAUAAGUGGGUUGAAGAUAGUGUUGUCUGGGUUCCAGAACGCAUAAAUAGUUGGCAAACUUCUACCUUAGAUGCAUUAUUGGAAUCAGGAGUCGGUCCAGCAAAUGGCUUUACGGUUGAUCACCUUCAAGGUACCAAAGUAAGUGGUUCUACGUUUGAUGGUUCAGGGAGACGACAUGGCGCAGUAGAGUUACUAAAUAGAGCCAACCCUGAAAAUCUAAGGGUGGUGGUUCAUGCCACCGUUGAUCGAAUUAUGUUUUCCACAUCUAAAAGUUCAGAUUUAGCUGCAGUUGGGGUUGUUUAUCAUGAUUCUUUAGGGAGGCAACAUAAAGUCCAUGUAAGAAGAAAUGGUGAAGUGAUACUAUGUGCCGGAGCUAUUGGAAGCCCACAACUUUUACUCCUUAGUGGAAUCGGACACGGGUCAUACUUGGAAUCACAAAAUAUUACGAUAGUUCAUCAACAUCCUUUCGUUGGUCAGUUCAUAGCUGAUAAUCCAUGUAUAGGGAUUAGUCUUCUAGUCCCUUUUCGAUUAGAUGAUUCUGGAAGCCAGGUGGUUGGGAUCACAAAUGAAGGCAUCUAUAUAGAGUCCAGUUCUAGCAUCAUCCCAUUUGAUUCUCCUGCAAAUUUCAUAUUUUUUCCUCAUACAUCUUUUCCAUUAAACAUCAGUGUUGUCUCCAUUGCGGCCAAGGUCUCAAAGCCGUUAUCAAAUGGAUUUCUUAGUUUAAAAUCUGCUACUGAUGUUACUGUUACUCCAAAAGUAAGAUACAACUACUUCUCUAACUCACAGGACCUUGCACAGUGCACUAAUGCAGUGGAUGUAACUAGGAAAUUGCUGAAAACACGAGCUAUGGAGAUAUAUAAGUUUAGUGAUCGUGAUGGUGAAAAUUACUUUAACUUCAUUGGGCAUUCGUUACCUGAAAGUUCAUCUAAUGAGGAUACCAUUGAGACAUUUUGUCGUGAAGUUUUAACAACAUUUUAUCACUUUCAUGGUGGAUGCUUGGUGAACAAAGUUGUUGAUAGGAAUUUGAAAGUCAUUGGAAUUGAUUCCUUACGAGUUGUUGAUGGUUCGGUAUUCUCUCAUUCGCCAGGAACAAAUCCUCAAGCAACUGUCAUGAUGUUAGGCCGUUACAUCGGCACAAGGAUACUCAAAGAGAAAGGAUAAGAUAAUUUACAUUCUUAAAAUACGUUCAGCAAGAAAUAAUGUAUACAAUAGAUCAAUGUUUAUCUGGGGUCAUGUACUCCAUUGCAAUACUUUGUCUACAAAACUCAAAUAAAUUACACUCCAAGUAGACAUUCAUAACUUCUUUUUUUAGUUUUUACUGUU